CUGUGCUGGCGAAAAUUGGAGAAUAUAGGCAUAAAAGAUACGUAGGGCUUUUUUUUUCUUCCCCUACAGAUAGAAUCCUUAAUAAAUGAACAACCCUAGCGAUCCUUGAAUUAAGCGACACUUAACAUCGGCUGGUUGGUGUAAGAGCCAGUCCUACACGACUGGACCGUGAUCAAAUACCAUCCAGACCGUACAACCGGACUGACUGAAUAUACUGCUACGGAUAAAUAAACUCAAGCAAAGCCAGAAACGAUAGGCCAUGACCUCUUGUAGGGUUGUAGGGGUACAGAAGAAGAAAAAUAUACACAAUCUUUAAACCCUAAGUGGGUGAUGUUAUAGUACAGAUGCACAUUUCUCAUCGUUUUGAUCUUGCUUUUUUUUGUCCUUCUUUAACCUACCCUUCUCAACGGACCGGGAGGUCGAAUGCGCUCGGUUCGUUCUUAUCACAAAUCAUAAGCCACAAAUGUGAACCAAGGCGUGGGUUUUAAAGCUGCAAGCCGUUCAGUUAGCAAAAACCCACUGACCAACACUGGUGGCGUUAGAGGAAUAUUUUCCGCAACAAGUUGCAUUUGCAUAGUUACUUUAGCUUGCUAUCCUUCCGAUAGUUACAAUAGUUAUCGUGUUAUGAUUUGCUAAGUAUGAGUCGCACAAGCUCUACCGUAUUGGGAGUGGUCCUGAUGAUGGCCAUUGCUAUCGAAUGCCACGCCGACACGCGGUACAAUGUUAGCUUUGACGACUUGCAUAAAUGCAAGCAGCACAAUGCUAUCAAUGGGUACAACUAUCGAGCGUUCUUCAAAUUGCAUGAACUGGAGCAUCACAAUCUAACUGAGGCCGAUCUGAUGGUCGACCUGUUAGUGUACGUGUUGGCCGCUCGUGAUGGCCAUAUCUUGUUGUCGGAACAGAAUAAAACUUUGGUGACUGCAGUGGAAAUAGUGCUCGGUGGAGGUGGAAAUACGUUUUCACAGAUACGUUACGGUCAGAAGGGAUCACAAUUGAGAACGAAAGCGAGCCCCGGACUGCUGUCACCGAUUGACCCACUUCCGGUGCGGGUACGUAUCUAUACAUCAGGCCAGAUCAAGGUAUACGCUGGCAAUCUUACGGAUGAACCGUUCAUGGAAACGCGGAUGCCGAAUAAGAAUUUCACCGAGUUGCGAUACGUCAGCUUUACUACGUGGGGUACAGCAUUGGCCAAAUGGUUCUAUGAUUGCCCACUGCCAUCAAACGCUACCAACGGCACGGUGCAGAUCGACGGUAACGAACUUGAGCAAGAGUACGAUGGUAAGCAACGUUUGCUGGAUUAUUUGAUGGGUGCUCCACGGUGGAUUGACCCACCGGUCAACUUUACCGGUGUCGAAAUUCAGCACAUGUACGUGAAAGGUUUUGCUUACGAUCAGAAAACUAACAUGAUCGAGCUAUCGGGAUCGAUGGGCCUGUCCUGGUUGGAUCAUCGCUACAGCUGGAAUGCUUCCGACUUCGACAACAAAAUUUUUGUCGGUGACGUCUGCCAUAUGGUCUGGAUACCAGCGUUCGAAGAGUUAAGCAUGUUUAAGGGCUCAUCCUUUAUGUGCUUCCUCACAGAUGACGGUUUUGUAGGAGUCGAAAUCAUAAAGUUUUCGUGGGUCAAUUUCUGCACUCUUUCGGACAGCUACCGAUGGCCGUACGAUAUCAACACUUGCAAGCUACAACUCUUCACGGCCAGCCACGAACGGAAUGUACCGAUUCGUUUAACAAUGGGAAAAAUUCGAUUUGACCCAUAUUUUGAACAAUCGGAAUGGUCCCUAAAGUCCUUUGGUAAGCAUGAGAUGGAACGUAGCACUACGCCAUAUGGACAGCAACCAAUGCUCGAGCUUCACAUUGAGAUGACUCGGAAAAGUGAUAUUCAUGCCGUUUCGAUCUAUCCAUCAUACUUCGUGGCCAACUUGCUGAUAUCUAUUUCCUUUCUUGUCGAUGGACGAUCACGUCUACUGCUGAACUCGCUUGGUUUACUUGUGCUGCUUAAUGCGUUUUUGAGUUUUUCCGCCAUCGUGCCACGCGCUGGGGUGCCGAAAAUAUACAUCUUUUUACAGUGGUCGCUUGUGUUCUACACAAUUUCGUCCAUUCUGUUCGUCAUCGAGCUGUGGUUGAAGAAAACGCGUGCAACCAUACCGCCCGGUUCCUGGAUUGGGCGGAUUAUAAGCUUCCCGGCUCUACGUUAUGCACUUGCUAUGGAUCAAAGGAGUAACUAUAGCACAUUGGAGCACAAAAAUGUCCGAUGGGACGAAUUGACGUGCAUUCUGAACCGACUCAUGAUGGUUGUUGUGGUGAUCGUGCUUGUAAUUGGUUUCACCAAACCGUGAUGUUCAACCGCAUGCCAUUUUUAAUGCAAUCUACGGAAAGUAUAGAUAGAUAGCAUUAAAAUCACAUAGACUUUAGUCAUCACAGUGCACGAGGACAUUCUUCGUUAUUGGGCAAACAAUUGCUCAUCGUUGAUAAUAGAUGCACGGGAUACUUUGUAGAAUGUUGCAGCAUUUGGUUAAGUAAUAAAGACGAUCAAACUUCA